UACCCAAGGAAGUGGCUGACAUUUUUAAUGCCCCCAGUGAUGAUGAAGAUUUUCUUGGGUUUGGACAUGAUGAUCCUAGGCAAAUUAUGUCAUUGGAGGACGACUGUAAUAGUUUUGAUUCACUGGGGUCUGGAAAAAAGAAUGGUCAUAUUCCAUCCAAGUACCUGACAGAGGAGCUGAGGAAGAUUUUCACUGAAGACACUGAUUCAGAAACUGAAGUGUUUGAAGGCUUUCCUCCAAGCGAGCUGGAUGCAGCCAACAAGAAAGUAAUGAUGCCAGUAGAGUCAGAUUUGAGUGAUGAAGAGAAUGAUAAUUUAUCUUUACCGGGAAGCGAGGAGGAAGAGGAAGAGGAGAAGGUUUCUCCCAAGAGAAGAAGCUUUGGCCUUCGUGUGGCUUUUCAGUUCCCCACAAGGAAGUCUUCUGAGAAGAAAAUGCCCAAACCAACUUUUUCCAAAUUACAUUUGAAAGACAGUAAAUCUCCUACAACUCUGGCAAGAGAGAAAAGUGCCAAGAGGUGGAAGAAUUUAGAGGGUUCUGCUUCAGAGUCUGAGGAAGAUGUUAAAGAGAAACAGGAAGAAAGUUCUAGUGCUCUGCUUAAAAGAGCCAUGAACAUCAAAGAAAAUAAAGCCAUGCUUGCCCAGUUAUUAGCAGAACUGAAUUCCAUACCUGAAUUGUUUCCAGUGAAAACACCCGCCUCAACUCCUUCGAAACAGAAGAAAACCCCCAGGAGGACAUUUUCUGAAGGCCAGAUACAACGUCGUACAAAUCCAACCAGAAAUGCUCGUCCUCCAGAUAAAUUUGCCUUGGAAAACUUUACAGUAUCUGCUGCUAGAUUUGCAGAACACUUCCGUAGUUAUAGACAGCAAAACCUCCUAAAGAGGAGACUGAGUGGGGGUGGUUGUGGAGUGCAUAAAAGAAGGAGGUCGUCUAAAUAUUCCUCUUACCGUCCUGUCGAAGAUAUUACUGAAGAGGACUUGGAGAAUAUCGCAAUUACAGUUAAAGAUAAAAUCUAUGAUAAAGUCCUGGGUAGUACAUGUCACCAGUGUCGACAGAAGACAAUUGAUACGAAGACAAUCUGUCGUAAUCAAGGUUGUGGCGGUGUAAGGGGACAGUUCUGUGGACCAUGUCUUCGAAAUCGGUAUGGUGAAGAUGUGAAAUCGGCACUUCUGAAUCCAGAUUGGAUUUGUCCUCCUUGUCGCGGUGUGUGUAAUUGCAGUUACUGCCGUAAGCGUGAUGGCCGCUGUGCCACAGGAAUGCUCAUCCACUUGGCAAAAUUUUAUGGCUAUGACAAUGUUAAAGAAUAUCUUGAAAGUUUACAGAAGCAACUUGCUGAAGAUGAGUGAGGAUGCUGAACAUAGCUGCCUGACCUGGAUAACUUGUAGACAGAUAUUUACUUCAAAAUAAUUAGUUCAAGGUUUAAAAAUUUAUACAAGAUAGAAUUGUAGAAUAUAGCAUAAUAUUUCUGUUUUAGGAUUUUUUUAUUGAUUGAUCUUAAUCAAAGAUCUCUCCAAAAAUAUCUUGGUUAAAGGAAUUUAUGUAAAAUACAUUCUUUUUGUGUAUAAACACCUGUAUCUAAAGUGGAACAGCGCUCUUAAAACAUGGAUGGGUGGUUCUGCAGUAUUUCUGAAAACAUAAUAGUUAGGGAAUUGUGUAAGCCUAAAGAGUUUUACGAAUUUGGAUCUUAAUAUUAUUUUGGUCAAAGCAAUAUUUUUUAUUUAUAUGAAAUCAUUGUUAACUCCAGUGUGCAUGGGGUAUGCUUAUAUAAUCCAUCCAAGGACACACAAGGGUUCUCCCCCCACCAAUGACCUGACAACAGGUAUAAGUUUUCUGAAGCCUUCCCUACUGGGCAUGAGCAAAUCAAGUAACUUCAUGCUUAGUCAUUCAGUUUGUGGGCAAGCAUGGGGUUCAGCUUUGUAAAAAAAAAGGUAUCUGUUUCCUUAGUUUCAAUGCAGUUCCAUCAGCUUUGGCUGGAAUGAACAUGCAUCCUUCCACUGAAAUACUUUUUUAAUGGAAAGGGUACAAACUGACAAACCCAUCAUGGUAAAAGACAGACAUUGCAGGGCUUUGGUAUGAUGCUCACCAAUUACAGGUUUUUUGUAUGAUGCACCUGCUUUCUGAGCCAGCUGCUUUAGAACAAUAUUACACGGUUUAAUUUUACAUUGCAAAGUUUUUAAUCUUUUAUAAUAACUGUUUUUGGAUACUGUUUUGAUAUGUAUGAGACAGCAUACCUGCUUAGGUAAGAGCAGGCUUUUCAGACAACAUUGUUUAAAAAUGCUUUUAUUGCAAUCUUGGAUUUAUGUUAUAAUUUGUGUAAGAUAUUGUAUUUUUUCUAUGUAGAGAAAAUAAAGAAUUAUCCAGAGAGGAACACUGAGAGUUAAAACUG